UGAAAUUUUUUUUCAAGCAGGAGAGCAUUGUCAUGGAAGUUGUCUCCAUCUGACUUAAAAAAGCCGUAGAGCAAUUCAGUUGGAAACUCUCACUUCAGUUAGGAGAAAUUACUUUGGUCAUUAUUUGCGGUUACUCACAAUUGCCGGACAUUCCAAUUCUGCCUUUUCGGGUGACUACAGUCGUAAGAUAUUGCUCUUUCUGAAAACUACUCCCUAUUUUGAUCCGAAAGUUUGAUUAUUUAUGUUCUUGUUUAGCCUCGAAAUCAAAUUUUGUCAUUUUAAGGUCGCCUUCUUGGAAAUUAUUCAAAAUAGAAAUCGUUCACACUUCAAAGAUUUAACUUCGCGGAAGGAAAGUUUCGGUUCACUGACUUACCGUAACGCAGGAAGUCGAAGCUGGUUAAAGGCAUUUUAUCUAUCAAUUUCAUUUUUUGUACGAUGGUUGCGUAUUGUGGUAGUUAUUAGGAAAUCAUACAGAUGUUGGAACUCUGACAUUUCUUAAUUUGGAGGAACAACUUGUGAUCACUUCACAACAUCAUUGGUCCAUAGUAUGUAAACACUUGUCCAGAUAUGUAAAUUAAAGAACUAAAUUUAGUUCUUUGAGUGAGAGAAGAGGUGCUUGAGAAUCGCUUGAGCGACGAAAAUCAGCAGAGCGUUUACAUUUUUCAUCUCCUUCGCGAGGAAAAAUCUUCACAGUCGCCCAAGGGUUGUUCUAUCGAGCGCUAUGGCGACGAUGCUGCCGAGCACCUCAACGAUCGGGACAUUUUUCGCUGUGUGCGUGAUCUUGUUGCCGUCGCUUGUAGUAUCUAAAAGAUGCGACAAGCAGAUCGAUAGUUUUGUGCGGAGCAACUGCAUGGAAUGUUCGGUAAAUGCCUUUUUUCAACGUCCCUGUCCGUCCGGUUAUCAGCAAGUUACCAGCGGUGAAGGCGAACAGAGCUGUGCUUAUUCCGUUUUUUUUGGAUUUAACUUCGGCUCCAUGCGUGUCCCUGGAUGUCAGCAUAAUUGCUCAAGGAAGAUUACACAGAAAGAAUGUUGUGCCGGCUUUUGGGGACAGGACUGCCAAGCAUGUCCUGGUACACCUGCAUGCAGUGGGCGUGGCUCUUGUAAUGACACAGUGGGUGGUGAUGGAACAUGCACUUGUCAGGAUGGUUUUAAGGGAUUUGCAUGUGAGCUGUGUAGGGAUUCAAACAAAUUUGGUAGUUACUGCAAUGAAACCUGUCUAUGCAAACAUGGGACAUGUGAUAGUGGAUUGAAUGGCACAGGACACUGCAAGCCAGGCACUUGUGUCUUAGGAUAUGCUGGGUCAAACUGUGAUAAUACUUUGCCAAGAUGUGACAGAAACCUUUCCUGUGGAGUUAAUGCCAACUGCUUCAGAAUUGAAAGUAUUGAUACUUGUGUAUGUAACCCAGGAUAUAAGAAUGUCAGUGGUGUUUGCAAAGCAAUCAAUCCUUGCCAGGAUGGUACCCAUGGCUGCCAUAGUAAUGCAGAUUGCCUCUACCUAAGGCCAGGGAGGAACAACUGCACCUGUGCUGCUGGUUAUACAGGAGAUGGAAUAGUUUGCAUUGCUAUUGAUCCUUGCCAGAGGAACAAUGGUGGCUGUCCAUCACGAUCAACUCAGUGCAAUUACAUACAUCCUGGAAAGAGUAGCUGUAGCUGCCUUUUUGGAUUUGAAAACUACACCAGUGGGGCUGGCUGUGCACUCAUUGAUCUGUGUAAAAAUGGCAGUGGAUGCGACAUGAAUGCAAACUGUACAAUGGAGGCACCAGGAGUGAAGAGAUGCAAUUGUAAGAGUGGGUACAGAGGAAAUGGCACCACAUGUUAUGGUAAUAUUCUCCAGAGGGUAAAAGACCUGAACCUUAGAGGCCCAAUUGGACUCAAAGGACAAUUAACCACAGCAAUUGAUUUGCUGACAGGUUCAUUCAUGCACUUGGCUCUUUCUGGAGCAGGGCCAUUUACUCUUUUCUUAAUGGUGAACAGCGCAUUUUCAAAUCUCACUCAAGAAGAGCUUAGUGAGCUAUCCGCAAACACAGACAUGGCCUCACAUUUUGUCAGUCGGCACUUAGUGGCUGCUGAUUUAGACUCUAUGUUGUUGAAAAAGUACAAGAAAGUCACAACACUACAGGGGAUUGAUGCAAGCAUCUCAGAGUACCAGAAUGUUAUGUACUUAAAACUGGACAAUCAGUCAGUAAAUGCAUCAGUGCUAUUCCGUGAUUUGUUAGCGGGCAAUGGCAUGAUUCAUGUUAUUGACAAGAUUAUGUGGCAUGUCGGAGACUAUCAAGAGACGAGCUCUAAAUCAUUGCUUCAGGUCCUUUGGGCACAAAGUAGAUUUUCCAUUUUUGCCUCACUUUUACAGUCGUCUGGAAUUGCUGCAGAGUUGAGUGGUCUGGGAGCUUCCCUCACUAUUUUGGUGCCAGCAAAUUCUGCUUUUGAUAAGAUUGACAACAGUACCAUGAGAUUUUUGACCAGCACAGAUGUGGGAAUGAGAAAAUUGAAGUCACUUUUAAGAAACCACAUUCUUACAGGAAAGAUGGCAGUGUUAGACUUGGUAUACAGUGGCAAAGUUGUAUCAGUACAGGGAGAAUCAUUGGAAGUCAAAGUAACUCCCUCGGGUCGUAUUGUUGUGGAUAAAGAUUCCGUCAUAACAGAAUCAAGUGUUCUUGUCAGUGAUGGUAUACUUCAUGUAACAGAUAACCUUAUCAUCCCUGACGACAUUGAGCCUCUGUUACCAAGAAAUUGUAAUGGACAGAAAUUCAGUAAUGGAAUUUGUUAUCGCUGUGAAGCUGUUAAAGCCAUGCCAAGGACAGGUUGCCCUAUAGGAUAUGCUCCAUCACCCACAACAUCUGUGUGCUACUAUCGACUGAGUUUCCGAGGAAUUCCUAUUGGAAUUUUCCGCGGCUGUAGGGCCACCACAUGUUCAGCACCAGAACGAGAAUGUUGUGCUGGGUUUUAUGGUCCAUCUUGCCAUCCUUGUCCUGGGCCUUUUGAUAAUGCUUGUAAUGGAAAUUUAAAUGGAAAGUGUGUUGAUAAAAUCAGUGGCAAUGGAACUUGCAUAUGUCAACCCAACUUCAAGGGAACAGCAUGUGAACAUUGUCAGGAGAGCAAAAGCUUUGGACCGUUCUGCAAUCAAACUUGCACAUGUUUGCAUGGCACAUGUGACAGUGGCUAUCCUCAAGGGAAUGGAACAUGUAAGGCUGGAUCUUGUUCUCCUGGUUUUCAUGGUGACAACUGUGACCAACAUGAUGUCCCAUGUCCUGGGUCAGUGAGUCGUCGUUGUCAUGCGCAUGCCACUUGCCGACGACAAGGAAAUAUGGACAGCUGUCAGUGCAACUUUGGCUAUGAAGGUUCUGGUAUACAGUGCUCUGAAAUUGAUCCUUGUUCUAAACCUGAUCGUGGAGGCUGUCACCAUGAGGCAACUUGCACGAAAACUGGGCCAGGUACCAACAACUGUACAUGUGAUGAUGGUUUCCGUGGUGAUGGAACAGUAUGUGUUGCUAUAGAUCCUUGUUUAGAGGAAAAUGCUGGAGGUUGCCACAGUAAUGCCGAGUGUCAGUAUGUCGGUCCUGGACAGAGCACCUGUAUCUGCAAGUCAGGCUACACAGGAAAUGGUUCAACAUGUUUUGAAGUUAAUCCUUGUCUAGUCAACAAUGGAGGGUGCUCUCUUGAUGCAAGGUGUUUGCGAACUGGUCCUGGGAAUUACAGUUGUCAUUGCAUCAGUGGAUUCAUUGGGAAUGGUUAUACUUGUCUAGGAUCUAUUGUUAUGAUCAUUAGACAGAAAAAUUCAAAGCUGGAGAAUUUUAUCAGGCAAGGAAACAUGCUGCACUAUAUAUCAGACCCAAGGAAGAACAUCACUAUGUUUGCUCCAUCAGUGUCAGCAAUUUCACAGUUAUCUGAUGAUGAUAGAAAAUAUUGGACUAAUAGCACAGAGAGACUUCAAUAUCUAAUAAGGUAUCAUUUGGUGGAGCAAGUGUAUAAUCUAGAGACACUGAAAAAUGUGCCAUCACUGAACACCACGAAUAGCCUCAUGUUAAAUGUUACUACUCAAGGUCAAAAGGUAUUUAUUGGUGGAAUGGCUCAAAUUAUUCAAGCUAACAUUACUGCAGAAAAUGGAAUUGUACAUAUCAUUGACCAGGUCCUUUUGCCGUCUCGUCUGUCGUACGAAAAUGAGCUUCCACUGACGUCGGAUCUUCUUAAAAGUAUUCCAGAGUUUUCCGAUUUCACCAAUAUCUCACAGAACAUGAACCUGUUUCUCUCCCUGGAUGCCUGUGAGUCGUGUACUGUAUUUGCUCCAACCAACUCCGCUCUCAAAAAAUAUGCCCUUGUAGACACGCAGACGCUGACGCCAGAUGUCCUUAAGUAUCAUAUUGUGAACCAAUAUCUCACAGAAGAAACAAUUCGUAAUGGAGAAGAAUUCCCAUCUUUGCUUGGGAAUGGGAGGGAUUACCUUGUGAAAAUCACUAAUCCUAGGAAAGGAAUGCUGCAAGUCAAUGGAAUUGAUGUUGUCGUCAAAGGUCACAAAGCUAGAAGAGCAAUAGUGUAUGGCAUAAAUGGUGUACUUAAACCAGUUAAGAGGAACUGUGAUGUUGUUACGAAAUCGUCACGUCUCGGAUACUGUACAUAUUGCGACGUAUUUGUCCCAACAUGUCCAGCGGGCUGGACCAAAAUUGGCCUUGUGCUGAAUACAUGUUGGGUUCGAAUAUUAAUCUUCAGGCUCAGAGGCUGCCAAGCACUAUGUGAAAAAACUUCUGUAAUCAAGAGAUGCUGUGAUGGAUUCUGGGGUCAAGACUGCCAAUUAUGUCCUGGAAAUGUUACCAACCCGUGCUCUGGUCAUGGCGCCUGUGAUGAUGGCAAAACUGGAAGUGGUCACUGUCAGUGUGAUGCAAACUUCACUGGUACAGCAUGUGAGAAAUGUAUUCUUGGAAAAUAUGGAAGUAACUGUACAGGUGAAUGCAAAUGCACUAAUGGAGUUUGUAAUGAUGGUAUUAAUGGCGAUGGAGGAUGUUUCUGUCACCAUGGUUGGAAAGGACCUAUUUGCAAUACCUCUGCAAAUUUUGACAACUGCCUUCCAACCAAAUGUAGUCGAAAUGCCACAUGCCGCGGACAGAGUGGUAGUGGUAGAUGUGAAUGUGAUUUUGGUUACACAGGCAAUGGAACCUACUGCGCAGAAAGUAAUGCAUGCGCUGUCAACAAUGGUGGCUGUCAUCAAAAUGCCACAUGUGUUAAGAAUAUAACUCUGCCUGGCCUUAGAUCUUGCAAAUGUAAUGCAGGAUUCACUGGAGAUGGGUUUGUCUGCUUGGAAAUAGAUCCAUGUCAGCGUAAUAAUGGUGGCUGCCACAUCAAUGCAACUUGCUUCAGCACAGCUCCCGGGCAGAGAAACUGUUUUUGUAAAAAGGAUUUCUCAGGAGACGGUGUUAGCUAUUGUUUUGGUGUUAAUCCAUGUGAUGUGGGCAAUGGAGGGUGUAGUGACAGAGCUAUUUGUCAACAAGUUGGACCGCACCAAAGGACGUGCAAGUGCAGGAAGUUUUACGUUGGUGAUGGUAUCACAUGUAUUGGUGAUAUAUCAGAGGCUCUAAAGCUUGAUCCCCAACUGUCAGGUGUGGACAUGCUACUCAGGAAAAAUGGUCUGGACAAACUGCUAGCUUCUCAUGGACAUUUUAACCUUCUCGCUCCAGUAAAUGCUGCUUUAGGCAGUUUACAACCACGGUCUCGCAAGCGUCGUAGUGUUCCGUCAUCAGCUGAGGAAGAGUUGAAUUUACUGAAAUAUCUUAUAAUUGGCUGUUCAACGAUUCCUACCGACACCAGUGAUGAUUAUGCAGCUAACUUUACUACUUUGCUUGGAGUAACUAUUUCAGUAAAAACAGAGGGGAACGUUACAUCGAUCAUCGAUCAAUAUGGCAACAUAUCCAGAGUAGUUGGAGUGUACGAGUCAUCAAAUGGCGUGAUAAUGAAACUGGAUAAUUUACCAACCCCACCCAAGUCUAUGGAUAGCACAGUACAGGAAUCUUAUCUUGACGUGGCUAAUAGACUUGGAUACAAGGAGUUUGUUAAACUGGUCAAGUUAGCAGGAUUGCAGAACAUCCUAGAUAUUCCGGUGAACAGAGCUGUUCUUAUGUUUUGGCCAACUGAUGAUGCUAUAAAAGCUGUGCCUGACGACUUAAGGGCACGACUCACUGAUCCUUCACAUCUGGCUCGAUUUGUAAAAUACCACGUUGUCACCCAAAUUCACUCUGAUUUUAGUACUCAGUCCUUCUUGAGAAGUGGUGCAGGGUUAGAAUUGCGAACAUUUGGAGGAACUAGUUUAUUUGUAUCUUGCAAAGGAGGAAAGGGCGAUCUUUACGUAAAUGGUGAAAGCAAGAUUGUUGCAAGAGACAUACACUUCGGUGGUGGUGUGGCUUUCGGAGUGGAUUCAGCUCUUUUUCCUUUUGGAUUUGGAGGCAACUGUGAUGAGAUCAUGGACACUAAAAUUACGGGUCAGUGUGGAAAUUGUUUUGUCCCUGUGAGCUGUCCACAAGAGACUACCCUUGUUGGCGUAACGAAUCAUAACUGCACCUACAAUGGUGAUUUGGUAGGAUGUCAGCCCAUCUGUUUACAGCGUCAACGGCUGAAGAGAUGCUGUAAGAACUUUUAUGGACCAGAUUGCGUGGCUUGCCCAGGUGGUGUUCAAUUGCCAUGUAGCAGGCGUGGCUUGUGUAUUGACGGGCUGACAGGGAGUGGCCAGUGUGUGUGUGAUGCGUCUUAUAACGGCACAGCUUGUGAACAAUGUGUGAAUAGCAAUGAGUCCUGUCCAGCACCUUCAGUGGACUGCGAGGUAGACAAUGGUGGCUGUCACGUGUUUGCCACCUGCACUAAAACUGCCCCGAAUCGUUUGACGUGCUCGUGUAAAUCCGGUUACCAAGGAGAUGGAUAUUACUGCCAAAUGAUUGACUCGUGUGCAAGUGACAACGGCGGGUGUGGUGAGAACGCAACCUGCUUGUUUACAGCACCAGAACGAAGGCGCUGUGUAUGUAAAGCAGGCUUUUACGAAGUAGGCUCCAGUUGUCGUGCUCACCGGCCAAUGUCGCCCUGUGCCAUAAACCAUGGCGGCUGCUCUGUUCAUGCUGACUGUACUGAUAACGGCCAGGAGGCCAGCUGUGCCUGCCGUCCGGGUUUCACUGGAGACGGCUUUUCUUGUGGAGGAACCAUUCUACAGGUAAGUAGAUUUUUUUGUCUUUUUAACCCUUUCCACCCCUCCCCCCUCCUCCUUCAGCCCUUGUCUUUUGUGCCUUGCCUGAUGGUUGUCAAAGAAACUCAGAGUGCCACUGAAUUCUACAAGGCGUUCUACCAACUGAUCACUUCCAGCGCACAAGCGACGACUUUAUACCAAGGCCUGGCAUCGUUAUCAAAAUCCUUCACAGUGUUUGUGCCUGUCAGUAGUGCGGUUCACUACAAGGUGACAGUCAUCUCAAUGUUUCUUUAG